AUGAUAUGCAGCAUGACUGUUGAAAUCAGUUGCAAACGUAUAUCAUCAUCAUCAUCAUCAUCAUCAGACACAACUAGUUCAAAAAUAGCAAGUAUACAAAAUAAAGCAACAUCAGUUGAUGAAAAUCUUAUAAAUGAAAUGAAUUCCUAUUGGAUGGGAACUAUAAGUAUUGGUACACCACCACAGAGUUUUAAUAUCGAUUUUGAUACAGGUUCAUCAGAUCUGUGGAUUCCAUCAAUUCGAUGUCUUUCCUCAUGUGGUAACCACAGUAGAUAUAAUGCAAACAAGUCUAGUACAUAUCAAGCGAAUGGUGCUAGUUUCUCCAUCAGUUAUGGCGAUGGUUCUUUUGUUAAAGGUUACCUUGAUAGCGAUACUGUCACAGUAGAUGGUCUUUCUGUGGUUAAUCAAGUUUUUGCUGAAGCACUGAACAUGUCAGGUUUCAAUGACGUUUCUGAUGGUCUUUUAGGAUUAGCAUAUCCAGAUCUUGCAAAUGGUGGUGAAACACCUUUAUUCUAUAAUAUGUAUGCGCAAAAUUUAAUUCCACAACCAGUAUUUAGUUUCUAUUUCAAUCCAGAUUCAUCAGUGGUGCCCGGUGGUGAAUUAAUUUUAGGCGGUGCAGAUACAAGCAAGUAUACAGGAUCACUUGCCUAUGUAAAUGUCAGUACGCAAGGUUAUUGGCAAUUCAAAGUGAAUAGUAUAACUGCUGGUAGUACUACUACGAUUUGUUCAUCGAAUUGUAAUGCUAUUGCUGAUACUGGAACAACUUUAAUUCUUGGACCGACUAGUCAAAUUAAUGCACUAAAUGCAGCAUUAGGCGCUACUUAUCAUGCUAGUACAGGAUUGUAUUCUGUAAGUUGUUCAAGUCGUACUCAACAAGGUUUUCCAAAUAUUACAUUUACAAUUGGUGGUCAACAAUUUACACUUUCUGUACUUCAAUAUUUUAUAAUAGUGAAUAGUGGAUCAAGCUUUACUUGUUACAGUGUUUUUGGUGUUUCACCUCUUACUAAUGUUUGGAUUCUUGGUGAUUAUUUUCUUUCACGAUUUUAUUCACUUUAUGAUAUCGGUCAGAAUCGCGUCGGUUUUGCUACUUCAAUUUCAUACAAUUAUGCACCUUAUGUAUAUCCACAAACAUUUCAAAGUACUACAAGUGCGGCUAGUACUACUCACUCAACCACUGUCUCGACAACGAAUGGAAACACUGGAUCUACUAGCUUCACUGCACCAACUACAACAGUUUCAACAAUGACCAAUUCUUCCAAAACAAUGCAUCGAGGAAUCGACUGGACUAUUUUGUUCAGUUUGAUAGUGAUCUAUAUUCGAUUACAAUAA